AUGGGGCUAAUGCAACUCUCGAAGAUGUUCAACGAGAAGAGGAACCGCGUCAAGGAUUUCGAUCUCUGUCCAGCGAGUUGCAUCACUUACUGCGAGAAGCUAAUUGGUCCAGACCCGCAAGAUUGUCAGGAGCUCUCCAGCUACUACGCCGGCGGUGGCCGUUUCACGAUUGAACCCAAACAGUAUACCGUCUGGGAGUAUGGCACCUGCAGGGUGAUUCAGUUCAAUCGUCUCGAAAGCACCAAUCAAAAGAUUAGCUAUUGUUUCGAUAAGCACCACUGGGCCGGGGUAGUUGACCACUUAUCAUCUCGCUGUGGUGCAAAGCACGGCUCUCGUGGAGGCAGCUGCUAUUUUUACGAUAGCCUACACUUUUCGACCAUUACCCUCGAAAGGGUGGUGUGA